UCCCACAAUGCACCGCGGCCCUGAAAACAACACUUCGCCAUUUCGGGCUCCGGGGGGCUGAGCCGUGGAGCUGCUGCGAGCGAACGAGCGAAUUAAGUCGACCCCGACCAGGCGCCACUGUGGCACUUUCUUGGUCGUUAACGCCUUUCGCUUGCGAACGAGCUCCGAUGCUUGUUAUUUUGCUGGCCCGAAUGAUCUUUUCCAGCGUGGGCCCGGGCUGAACUGUCGUCUGCUUGUCGGAUUUUCCUGCUAGCAAGCUAGCCGAGUGUAAACAAGGAUGAAGAGGAUAAAAGGCGCCAAGGAGGAGGGCAACAGCUCCCCCGGUAAGAGCCCGCCCGAGGCCCGCAAGAAAGUUCGGAAGCAGUCGAGCCCGGCGUCGGAGGCCGGCGACUCGCGGGACUCCGGCUGGGCUCGGCUGCCGCAAGAGCUGCUGCUGCACGUCUUCCAGUACCUCCCGCUGCUGGAUCGGGCCUUCGCCUCGCAGGUGUGCCGCGGGUGGAACCAGGCGUUCCACAUGCCCGAGCUGUGGCGCUGCUUCGAGUUUGAGCUCAACCAGCCCGCCAGCUCUUACCUGAAAGCCACGCACCCGGACCUGAUCAAACAGAUCAUCAAGAGGCAUUCCAACCACUUGCAGUAUGUCAGCUUCAAGGUGGACAGCAGCACCGAGUCCGCAGAGGCGGCCUGUGACAUUCUUUCGCAGUUGGUAAACUGCUCCCUGAAGACUUUAGGGCUCAUCUCAACAGCCAGACCCAGUUUCAUGGAGGUCCCCAAGUCUCACUUCAUCUCGGCGCUGACGGUGGUGUUCGUCAACUCCAAGUCGCUGUCGUCGCUGAAGAUCGACGACACGCCGGUGGACGAUCCCUCGCUGAAGGUGCUGGUGGCCAACAACAGCGACACGCUCAAGCUGCUCAAGAUGAGCAGCUGCCCUCACGUCUCGCCGGCAGGGAUCCUGUGCGUGGCGGACCAGUGCCACGGCCUGCGGGAGCUGGCGUUGAACUACCACCUCCUGAGCGACGAGCUCCUGCUGGCGCUGUCGUCGGAGAAGCACGUGCACCUGGAGCACCUGCGCAUCGACGUGGUGAGCGAGAACCCGGGCCAGCACUUCCACAGCAUCAAGAAGAGCAGCUGGGACGCCAUGGUGCGCCACUCGCCCAAGUUCAACCUCGUCAUGUACUUCUUCCUGUACGAGGACGAGUUCGGGCCCUUCUUCAACGACGAGAUCCCCGUCACGCACCUCUACUUCGGCCGCUCCGUCAGCAAGGAGGUGCUGGGCCGCGUGGGCCUGCACUGCCCGCGCCUGGUGGAGCUGGUGGUGUGCGCCAACGGCCUGCGUCCGCUGGACGAGGAGCUGAUCCGCAUCGCCAAGCGCUGCACGCAGCUGUCGGCCAUCGGCCUGGGCGAGUGCGAGGUGUCGUGCGGCGCCUUCGUGGAGUUCGUCAAGAUGUGCGGGCGCCGCCUGUCGCAGCUCUCCAUCAUGGAGGAGGUGCUCAUCCCCGACCACAAGUACUCCCUGGACGAGAUCCACUGGGAGGUGUCCAAGCACCUGGGCCGGGUUUGGUUCCCGGACAUGAUGCCCACCUGGUAGAAGCGCCGGCGCCGCCACGACUCGAGCGGAGCCCAAAGUUACUACAAAAUGUUCGCCCUGGACAAACCUCUGCCGACGCGCUUUAUCCGACCGCAGAUUUUUCCGAGCAGAUCGGCGCACAUUUGCACUAGCGCUAAAACGGCCGACAAGCCGGGAACGUACGGGAUGAAUUUGCUGAAGACGGCCGCUGCGGACGAAAUCAAAAUGGAGAGAGAGGGAGAGAUGUCUAUACGUCUGUAGUCGUCACGUUAGCGUGUGCGGUGUCCAUUCGUGGUGGACUUUUUCACUCUCAUGCUCGUUCCCGUGACUUUGGUUUUUGUGCAGGCGGCUUAUCCCCCUCAGCGCCUUGUGUCAAUACCAAAUGAUCUUAGUCGGCGCAGCGGCCGUAAAUAAAUGUAUAGAAAUAUAUGACGUGGUCUCCGAGCUGCUUCGGGAGAUUGCUUGUAACCCGCCGAUAGUCGGCUUUUAGCUGCUCUAACCUGGCCGCGCUCUUUCGCGGUCGCUCAGGUGCAUCUGGUAAAGUUUCAUCUGUACGUUCUGCGUUUGACCCGUUCACGCCCCCAAACCUUCCCCGACGUCGCGGUGGAGUUAGAAAACGGCGCAAGUACAGCUUUAAGAAGGAAGACAAAAGCAUUUGUACAUACAACGCUGUGUGUUUGUUUGAUUGCCACGACGACGAAAUGUUUGUAUUUCUUCAAUUUCACCCUGUUCCUUCGCCGUCGACUGUACGGCAUUUCCACUGCACGGUAUUCGUCUUCCAGUUCAAAAAGGGGAAGAAAAAAAAAAACAUGGAAAUGCAUAUGCCGCACGGGCAUCUCAAAGUAUUGGAAUAUUGUGGAAAAUUCCGUUAAUUUCAGUCGUACAAUGGACAAAGUGCAACCUUCGAAUUGAACAACUGAAAUCAAUCUUUUGUCCAGUGGUCUGGACUCGUUGCUCUAGUUGAGUUGAACUUGUAAUAUCAGCAUGAGCUAAGCUAACGUUAGCAUAGGAGUUGAGUUCGGUGGUUUCCAGCAGUUACCCAAACAGUACGAGCUCGCACGAUUAAACGUCGGAACGCCAGCUAACCCCGAGUACUUUGACGAAAAGCAUCUACGCCGACGACUUGGUUACCGUGCAGUGGAAUUGGAAAUGAGUGGACGGAUCUUUGCCCUUCUGUCCAUUUUUUCACUCGACAAGAUGUAACUUAUUGACAUGAAUUUUGCGUUUUGGAGCGUAAAUGUGUUUUGUUACCCCACAAAUGCCAACGAGAACAUCCAUCCAUUUUCGGAGCCGCUUCGCCUCACGCGGGUGGCGGGCGUGCCGGAGCCUAUCCCAGCUAUCAUCGGGCGGGAGGCGGGGCACGCCCUGAACCGGUUGCCAGCCAAUCGCAGGGCACACAUAAACAAAGAACCAUUCACACCUACGGGCAAUUUAGAGUCGUCAAUGAACUUACCGUGCAGGUUUUUGGGAUGUGGGAGGAAACCGGAGUACCCGGGGAAAAGCCACGCAGGCACGGGGAGAACAUUCAAACUCCACACAGGCGGGGCCGGGGCUUGAACCCCGGUCCUCAGAACUGUGAGGCAGACGCUCUAACCGGUCGAUCACCGUGCCGCCCCUCGUUGAGCACCAUGCAGCAAUUCGGUGGGUCCUUGGUUUGUGGUGACGUAACCCAAUUUUGGAUGCAAGACCAAACACACUAUAAUCCAUUUUACUAACCUAUGCUAAAGCAGUAGUGAAGUCAUAAUUACAGCAAAUAUUUAGGAUUAUGAAAAAGAAUCAAACGAAGGAAACUGGGGCUGCCUUUGGACAUAUUCUUACGCCGCUGCGCAAACGAGUACAUUUGUUGGCAACCACGGAGCUACCGAAACUGAAGACCGUCUGUUCCUGCGACUUCAAGCUAUUUUUGGAAGAUUAUAUGAAUCUCCUUCACGAUCAGCAAUAAUUGACAAGAAGCAAGCACAGAAGAGGCUUAAUAUACAUAAUAAAGCUUUAUUAUUUUCUUAUUAAAAACAGUAAUGUACCAACCUUCAGGACAAUUGUAUAUGAUAAGUGGUAAAUGAAAGCCGUUCAUUGCUAUCAUGUCAUUUCGAUAAUUUAUAAGUGACAUGAAUGAUACGGGAGACGCAAACUCAAUAUGACAGUAAACGCACCACGAUGGUACAGUAACGAAUGACGUGUUAUGAUUGGACCGCAGCUCUCGUCUGCUGUUGUGUAGUGUUUUGUUUUGUUUUUUAAUGGAAUUUUAUUUGCUACAAAAAAAAAAGUUUGUUUUUCCAUGUUGACGGGUUGAUCCAGUAAGUUGCUUAGUUCGGAGCGUCAACUGUCCUUGAAACGCUUCGUCUGCUUUGCUGCUUUGAACACGACCUUUGGACAUGUGAUCGUCUGCUAAUAAACAUUUGUGAAUGGA